GUCAGAGCUUUACAAAAUAUUUUCAAGUAUUGAAUAUCUUUUACGUAAUAUUAGAUGAGUUAUGACAAUCUAUGUGAUGGAAGUUUUGUGGAGGCCCGUUAUUUUUUAAUCGUCAUUUAGAUCGGACGAUGUUGUCGUCCGGGCUUUCCACUUUAGUGGCCCGUGGAUCUGACUCCAAUUAGAUCGUAUGAAUGUUUGUUAUCGCCUAUCCUAUUGUAUAAUCAUCGACUUUAAUCGCGUUAGUCAAUAACGGAUUUAGAUAAGUCAAAUAAUGAGAAUGGACUUUUGAAUACACAUAUUUUGUAUAUAAAGUGAAUGGAAUAAAACGAAGCAAAACGACGCGCAAUGAAGAUGGCGGGUAAGCCAACUCCCCUUUAAUCAAGCGUUAAUCAAUAUUUAUAGUUAUACAAAAGUAAGUUAAUGAAAUGUGAUGAGUAAUGGGAUAAGAAAUGUACACAUACACCUACGCGCUCAUAUAAAACCAUCAUCAUUUUCAUUCUUCUGGACCAAAGCAGAGAAGCAUAUUAACUUCUCAGCAUUUCAAAUCAUUAAAAGAAUUGCGAAAUAAUGCCGAUAUUAUUAUACUUAAACCCGAUAAAGGAUCUGGUGUUGUUAUUAUGAAUAAGUCAGAUUACAAAAAUAAAAUGGAAUCCAUUCUCAGUGAUAAAAGUAAAUUUUUGGCUGAUGUUGACUUUGAUGGAUUACGUAAAUUAGAAAAGAAAGUGAACUCGAAUCUUGUGAAAUUGUUAAACAUGAAUGCUAUUAACAAAGAUGAGUUUAAUUUAUUAAAACCUAUGGGUUCGGCAUAUCCUAAUUUAUAUGGAUUACCGAAAAUUCAUAAGCCUAAUACCCCCCUACGUCCAAUUCUAUCUAUGUGUCGGUCACCUACACACAACCUGGCAAAAUGGCUUACAAAAUUAUUAAACCCUAUCAGAAAUCAAUAUUGUAAGUAUUCUUUGACUGACUCAUUCGAAUUAAUUAAUUACUUAAAGGAUAUAAAUAUAAAGACAAAGACAAUGUGCUCCUUUGAUGUAAACACUUUAUUUACAAAUGUACCUCUUAGGAAAACCAUUGAUAUUUUGUGUGACUUUAUUUCUUCGGAAAACCUUCCACUACCUUUUCCUGUUAAAACUCUUAAAGAUUUAUUAUUAUUAUGUACAGACAAUGUAAAAUUCACAUUUGAAGGUGAACACUUCAGACAAAUAGAUGGUGUAGCUAUGGGCAGCCCUCUAGGACCAUUGCUAGCUGAUGUAUUCAUGGGAUAUGUGGAAAAUUUAGUUGGAGACUCAAUUCGAAAGAUGAGUCUGUAUAAACGAUAUGUAGACGACAUAAUAAUCAUAGGUGAUAAAAUUGAAGACAUAAGCCACUUGUUAGAAGAAUUCAAUAGUAGUCAAAACCACAUUUCUCUUACAUGUGAAGAAGAGAAGAACAACCAACUUCCUUUUCUUGACAUCCUGAUUACUAGGAGAGAUGAUGGUUCCAUUAAACGUGCUACAUAUAGAAAACCAACAUGGACAGGACAAUAUCUUAAUUUUCAUAGUCACUGCCCUAUUCAUUAUAAACGUGGUUUAAUAAAGAGCUUAUUCAAUAGAAUCAAUCGUAUUUGUACUAGUGAUACUAUUGAAGUAGAGAUGAAGCUCUUGACUGAUGCGUUAUUCAAUAAUGGUUACCCUUUGAAGUUCAUAAACCGCUGGAAGGGUUGCAAUAUGACUAGACCUAUGAUGCUUCUGGCACCCAAAAAGCGAGUUUAUAUUACGCUACCAUUCAGAGGUGACACAAAUAGUCUCAUGUUGAAACAGAGACUUAAAUUAGCUAUCAACCGGACAUUUUAUGCAGCCCAACUUGUCAUUAUCGAAAAGACAAGGUCUAUGUUUCACCAAAAGCCCAAACAGCAUCAAAACGAUUGUGUCACAUCCCAUUGUGUCUAUCAAUUUACAUGUAUGUGUGGAAACACGUACGUAGGGAGGAGCAAUCGUGAUUUGCAAUUAAGGGUGGGUGAACAUAUACCAAAAUGGUUGCAAAAUCAGAUGAAUUCCAAUGGUGAAAUAAGACCACAGGAUAGACAGACAUCAUCAUCCAUUACGAAACAUUUGAUUGAGACGGGUCAUAAGGUUGAUAUCAAAUCAGCAUUUGUUGUGUUGUACAAAAGCCUUCAAGGACGUAUACUAAGGUUUAUUGAAGCCUUGGCUAUACGAAAAUUGAAACCCCCUUUAUGUGUUCAAAAACAAUUUGUACUUACACUUAACCUACCCUGGUAGUACUGAUUUACUGUCCAGAGUGGUAAUCACAUUUGUUUUUGUGUACUUUAAUAUUUUUUCCUUUGUUAUGACUUACCCUUAACCUGUCUAGUUGACCUUUUAAUUUUUUCAUAUAUAAAUGUUCUUAACAAGUAUAUGUGUGAUCAGAUUGUUCGAAAUGUAUUGCGCAAAUAUAUCACAUAAUUCUGA